AUGUGUCUGAAUGCUAGGUGCCGGACACUCCAGACGCUAUGGCGUUGUAUGCUGGAUGGCCUCAGGUCAGUUGCGAAUGGCGUGACUUGGAAGACCUCACUCCUUGCAGAAAUCGCUAUCUACUUCCAUCAACUGAUCAACAAUCUACCAACAACAGCAAGCAUCUUGCCAGGCACAAAGCGUCGCAGCGAUAGCCUCUUUGUUGGAGCCGACGAAGACUUCGAUGAUUAUGACACUACCAGUAAGCCAGGGCCUCAAUUCAUGCUUGAUCAACGCGCUAAGGCCAAUGACGGCGCUUUGACACAGCAUAGCCGCACCAAUGCUGAACUCAUAGCCAGUGCUGGCGUUCCCACUACAAGCAUCACUCGCAGAGACUUCCCCAACCUCGCGGUAUACCUUCCGGCAUUUGGACAAGCAGAGCAGUUGAUCGCACAGAUCGUGGAUGGUCUUCUGGAUAACAUCGCCAAAGUCAAGAAAGAAGAAGGCUACGAGAACGAGGAGCUCGACAAUGCUUGCGGGACAGCAGGCGAUGGUCUCGAAUCAUGCCGAAACCCAUCAGAUCGAUAUCCAUCAGUCGGUCCCACAGCCUGUGUUGGUGCAACUGGCAAGGGCAAAUCUUCGACCAUUAACUCCGUCACUGAGCAGAGAAAAGCAGCGUAUGAGCACACGGGUGGCAAGCGGGGCACUUACAUGCCUCACGAAUUCGCUCCACCUUUGAUCACACAGACUGCCGACUACAACCUUGAAGUUGUGUACUGUGAUGAGACCACUAUUGUGAACCUCGUCAAGCGCUUUGUGAUAUCCAUUUUCGAGCAUAAGGAACUCGAGGAGGAGGGAGAAGAAGAUGAGGAAGACGAGAAAGAUGACGACGAAAAGGAGAUGAUCGAGAUGAAGAAGAACACUGCGGUUGAAUGCUUAACGGAUACGCUCUGUGGCCUUCCGAAAUUUCGAACAUCGCAGAAGACGGAGGACUAUAUCAAGAAGUGCCUGAGGCAAGGGCCCAAGGACAUCAUCAACGAGCUCACUGAUCUGGUGAAGGAUGCAAUUCGUCAGGAUGAUCGGGCGCUCCCACAAGUCCGACGCUACAACUUGACCAGUGUGGCCUCUCUGCAGUCUACUCUGAAGCUAAUCGGCCGUCCCAGCUACAAGGGUACCCAGCGGAGUGCUCCUUCCAACUGGCCGUUUUUGAGAGUCAUUCGCAUCCGGGCCAAGACUGAUGUACUUAGAGCUGGUCUCGUUGUUGCAGACACUCCCGGCGUUGGUGACAAGAACGCUCACGUUGUGGCACAAGCAGAGUUCUACAUGAAGUAUGCUGGGCCCAUCAUGAUCGUCAACGAGUACGAUCGCAGUGCUGAUGGCACGAACAUCCAGGACCUGCUGCGGAGGAUUAUACGACUUGGCAAGAUGCAUGAUGUCCUCCUUGUGGUUCCGAAAAUUGACCAGCAGCCUGACUACGCGGAAGAGGACAUGGAGGAGCUCGAGGAAGACCAAAUUCAGCGACUUAAGCAAGCAGAUGCAACCAUUGAGGAAGUCUCUCGCGCAAUGGCCGCUACCGAUGAAGAGCUGCACAGCACCACAGAUGUUCAAGAUGUUCAGAGACUCCAUCAAGCAGUCCGAAAGCUCCAGAAAGAUCUCGAUGAAGCAAAGCGUGCGCGACGUCAGGCUCAUGUGCUAGUCCGAUGCGAAUAUAUCAAAGCCGAAAUGGCAGGACUCAUGAAGACGGUUGACAAGUCGAAGUCUAUACCAGAUUUGGAGGUCUUCCCAAUCUCGAAUCCGCAUUACCAAGCUCAUCUCGCCAAUAUGAAGGAUCCGAACUCGGAGCUGCCAUUUCUCGAUCUAGAAGCCACCGGCAUACCAGUUCUCCGUCGGCGCUUGCUCGAGCUUUCAGCAGGUGGCAAGCACAAGGCAUUGCAGCAUAUCGGCAGAGAGCUGCUCCCUUGGACAUUGAACGGCAUCAAUGGCAUUCUCACACGCCCUGCUUUCGAGCGAAAGAAGGACCUAAGAAAAGUGAUUGAGGCUUUCGUGCACAAGAACAGCUCUCUGCUCCGAGACCUGCAGACUGACCUGUUGGCGGCCUAUGAUGUUACGAUCACGAAAGCGAUCAGUGAGAAUCAAGACCGUUGGGUCACUGAAGCAUCCCAUGUUGCCGACGACUGGGCUGCAAUCGGUGGGCCCACUACGAAGGCGAUUUGCAGCAAGAAGGGUGAACAUAAGAAGAAGUCCAAAGGCAGCCGAGAAGUUAUCAGAUACAACUGGAACGAGGAGCUUCUAGAAGUUUGCAAGGAAGAUCUCGACUCAGCCUAUGCCAAGUUCAAAGAACAUGCACAGGAUGUGGUGAGAGAUUUUGUCUUGCACACCACGGACGAGCUCAAGCGCUUGAGGGAUGCAGUGAAGACAUCUGAACACUCCAAAGGCAUGAACAUGCAGCAAUUUGAUGAAUUUGUCCGCCAAACAGGACUGAUCAUCGCCAACGAUAUGGAGAACCAAUCCAGUCGCAUCGACGAGAUUGUCACCGAGGUCCGUACUGCAGCUACUAUGGUUCCUCCAGACGGCUUUGGCGACUUCUACGUCCGUGAAGCAAUGAAAGACAUCUACAUGGCAUGCAAAGUCAUUUCCGCCCACUCCAUCAAGGUAACAACCAACAACGCCGCCACUGGCAAGAAGAAGGAUAAGACUCGGGCCGCGGGAGUCAAGACGACUGUCACUACUGCACGCAUUGCCCUCAUCAAGGCCAAAUUGAAGGGCACCGGAGGCCAAACUGGUCUCUAUCGAUCUGUCGGCCGCAUCGGCAGAUUCAAGCUUGAGAACGGUCUCGAAGCUUGGGCCAAUGGCGAGGAAAUUGAGCAGGAGGACGGAUCGAAGACUCGUGUCGAGGGCCUUGGUAAGUCUGUAGUGCUCGAUCGCUUCGAGCUGGUGCUCAAAGACUUUGAUCGUCGCUUUAAGGACUCUGAAGUGAAGAAGGAAGAAAAUCCGCGUGCUGUGAUGAGGCUUCAGGAGGCGCUCCAGCAAGCGAACCAGGCUAUCGAGGGCCCUUUGGUGGCCUUGCUUGAUGAUCCUGAGGAAUCAGGACACGGGCUGCGAAAGAAGAUUAAACGCAUAGCUAUAAGAAUCAAGGAUGAGAAAAAUAGUCAUACAGGCCAAGAGCCGCGCAACUAUUCUCUAAAAUUGCAAUCGCAGAUUCCGCCUCACUGCUAUCCCGACCGCAAUACUUGUCAAUAA